UCAUAUUUGCUGGCAACACGUACAGACUAUGGCCUCUCAAGCGGAUACGCGAGAUCACGCGGCGAAGCUGCCACCAGAGCUGAAGCGCAUGGUGUGCAACUUGUGUGACCGGCGUAAGGGGUCGAAAGUGAGUCUAGGGUAGCACGGUUGUAAUUAAAACGUGGGAAUCAGGUUUUAUGCAGGGGUUGGUGUUCGUUUGAUUUCGGCAUUUCCCAGCUCACUCAAGUAUAACUUAACGUACAGUAUCCAUUGAAGUAUCGCCUCCCAACUCUUUGACCUGUCUCGACCCCAAAUGGCUCGUAUCCGACGCUCUGCCGGCGGGCACCCCUCAAUGAACAGGCGACUGUCUAAGUGGUCUCACAAUUCACUGCAAAAAUGUGCGGGUGCCCUCAACAGAGACCCCUCAAAAACAGCAGUUUCAACCCCAGAAUCCUCACAUUUUACUGGGACUGGUGACACUGAGCUCCAGUCUUCAAGGAAUCCUCAGUUGCCUGUGGAGGAAUCCACUGGCAUGAUCUUUAAUCGCAUGCGAUCUGGAGAGGUUGUCAACACUUUCACUCAGCGGGAGCUGUUCACGAAACGUGAAAGCGACCACACCAACGUUCUUGAUCUAGACCAUCUGGCGGCAAAGUAUUCCGAUGAACUUUUGCCCUGGGACAACCGCGAAUCCGCACCAGCAUUGGAAAGGCGACUGAUAAAGGAGUCACCACCGAAGAAGCGAAAGCAGGGAAAGGAGGGACAAAAGCAGCAGGAAAAGAUGGCAGCUGCUGAACAAGAGCGUCAAGAUUUGUUGAAUGAUUUACAGAGCAAGUGGCUGGAUGAGCUUGAGAAACUAAGAGUUGCGCGGCUAGACGGCGGUUCAACAGCUCGCAGCGACUCUGCAAGACCAGUGCUCAAAAGGGAUCAAGCGCUCAAGCAGAUCGAAAAGUGGUCAAAGUCUUAUUUGACUACUGACAACGGCUGCUGGCUAAUGAAGUCAAAAAGCCCAACACUGCGGGAUAAAGAUUGGCGUCCAAAGACAAAAGUUCAACGCGUUAGUCACUAUCAUGCACAUAUUGCUCUUGCUUCUACUAAUUGCCACGGUAAGUACCAUGAACUAGUUUCAAUAUCUAGUCCUGUACUCUACCAACUGUGGCAAAGUAUCUACCCUGCUGCUAGCAGCCGCCCAGCUUUUACCCUUUCUAAGAGUACCCGCCUUGAGGUUUCUCACCUUUGCCAUAAAAAGCGUUGUGUUAAUCCUAAUCACCUAAAGAUUGAGACCAAUACUGUUAACAGAGCAAGGGAGGAUUGUCGUGGCACAGUUUUUGGCCCAGAUGGAUCAGUUUACCACCUCUGUACCCAUGCUGUUCUGCCUGGGUCAAGUGGAUUCAACUGUGUUAUUCCUGCUAUCAAUCUUUCUGCAGGAGACAGCCCUGGCGUCUUCCAGGCAAAGCUUCUUGCUGAUCCAGCUGCUGGCCCUUCUGUCGCUCUAUGCCGGAUGGGUGAGGGAGAGUUGGCAACAGAACAAGUAGAGCUAUAGAUUCUUUUGCCAUGGUGUGCUUCUUAUGUUGUUUGUAUGGAAUGUACUCAAAUACUUUUAG